AGUGCACGGCGCCUCCUGCCUCGUGGCUCCUCCCUCCUCCAGCUGCGCUGCCUCCCACAGGCGCUGCUGGCUACGGAGCACGUCUGGUGUCUGCCGCGCAGGUGGCCCCGGAGGACCCCGAGCCGACCCCCAAGAGGCCAUGUCGGACUACGAGAAUGACGACGAAUGCUGGACGGCCCUGGAGGGCUUCCGGGUGACGCUCACCUCGGUCAUCGACCCCUCGCGCAUCACCCCUUACCUGCGGCAGUGCAAGGUCCUGAACCCCGACGACGAGGAGCAGGUGCUCAGCGACCCCAGCCUGGUCAUCCGCAAGCGGAAGGCAGGCGUGCUCCUGGACAUCCUGCAGCGCACUGGCCACAAGGGCUACGUGGCCUUUCUGGAGAGCCUGGAGCUGUACUACCCGCAGCUGUACAAGAAGGUCACGGGCAAGGAGCCCUCCCGCGUCUUCUCCAUGAUCAUCGAUGCGUCCGGGGAGUCGGGCCUGACGCAGCUGCUGAUGACGGAGGUGAUGAAGCUGCAGAAGAAGGUGCAGGACCUGACGGUGCUGCUGCGCUCCAAGGACGACUUCAUUGAGGAGCUGCGCCUGAAGGACGGCCUGCUGCGCCGGCACCAGGAGCGCGUGCAGCGGCUCAGGGAGGAGUGCGACGCCGGCAGCCGCGAGCUCAAGCGCUGCAAGGACGAGAACUACGACCUGGCCAUGCGCCUGGCCCGCCAGAGCGAGGAGAAGGGCGCGGCGCUCAUGCGGAACCGCGACCUGCAGCUCGAGAUCGACCGGCUCAAGCACAGCCUCAUGAAGGCGGAGGACGACUGCAAGGUGGAGCGCAAGCACACGCUGAAGCUCAGGCACGCCAUGGAGCAGCGGCCCAGCCAGGAGCUGCUCUGGGAGCUGCAGCAGGAGAACGCCCAGCUGCAGGCACGGCUGCAGGGCCUGGAGGCCUCGGUCCAGGAGGGGAAGCUGGGCAGGAGCAGCCCCUACAUCCAGGUGCUGGAGGAGGACUGGCGGCAGGCGCUGCGCGACCAGCAGGAGCAGGCCAGCACCAUCUUCUCCCUGCGCAAGGACCUGCGCCAGGGCGAGGCCCAGCGCAUCCGGUGCAUGGAGGAGAAGGAGAUGUUCGAGCUGCAGUGCCUGGCCCUGCGCAAGGACUCCAAGAUGUACAAGGAGCGCAUCGAGGCCAUCCUGCAGCAGAUGGAGGAAGUGGCCAUCGAGCGGGACCAGGCCAUCGCCAUGCGGGAGGAGCUGCACACGCAGUACGCCCGGAGCCUGCAGGAGAAGGACGAGCUGCGCAAGCGGGUGCGGGAGCUGGGCGAGAAGGCGGACGAGCUGCAGCUGCAGCUGUUCCAGCGCGAGGCCCAGCUGCUGGCCACGGAGGGCCGGCUCAAGCGGCAGCAGCUGGAGACGCUCAUCCUGAGCUCUGACCUGGAGGAUGGCUCACCCCGGAACUCCCAGGAGGCCUGGCCGACGGGGAGCACCCGGAGCAGCCCUCUGCGGCUCUGCAGAAGGAGCACCUUUCACUGACACCCAACGUAAGGCUGCCUGGGGUCCCUGCAGCCGAGGUCCCCCCGCCUGGGCCUGCGUGAGUGCUCACCAGCUGGGCCCUCCCCCAUGGCCCCUGGACGGCUGGGUGAUCACAAGGCCUCUGCCCUUGGGCUCCUGGGGUGGGGUGUUUGGGACAAGAAGGGGACCACCCUCCCCUUGCCCACAGACCAACAGGCUUGGGUGGGCUUGGGAGUGGAUGUGCCCGGGUGGGGCAGCCAUGGACGACGGCUGUUUCUGGUCCUUGGGGGCCUUUGCAGCAGGUCAGCAUUGACCUCCGUGGGUUAACUCAGGGGUCCUGACAGCAAAGGGGCCACCUCUGGCUUAGCAGUAAAAGGAACAGCAGCUGGGGGCCCAGGCCAGAGCCCUGUCCUGGCCCAGCCCACUGGCUGCGCGUCCUGGGCCUCUGCCUUGUCAUCUGGAAGGCGGGACACCGACGCGGGCUGGCCUCAGGGGUACGAGCAGGCCCCAGGUGACGAGCCUGGCUUCUCGCUGAGCUCAGGCAGUCUGGGGGCUGGCCUGCCCUGCAGUCCGCAGCCCGGGGCCUGGUGGACGGUGUGUGCACGGCGUCCAGCGGCGCUGGCUGG